CCUCUACAAAUUGGGACUCAUCCCUGCUGAAAAGCACGGUCUAAGAGCAAGGGAACAAAAAAAACCAUGCUUUCACAUAAUACCAUGGUGAAGCAGAGAAAACAGCAAGCAUCAGCCAUCAUGAAGGAAAUCCAUGGAAAUGAUGUAGAUGUCAUGCACCUGGGCAAAAAAGUCAGCAUCCCCAGAGACAUCAUGUUGGAAGAAUUAUCCCAUCUCAGUAAUCGUGGCGCCAGACUAUUUAAGAUGCGACAAAGAAGAUCUGAUAAAUACACAUUUGAAAACUUCCAGUAUGAAUCUAAAGCACAAAUAAAUCACAACAUUGCCAUGCAGAAUGGGAAACUGGAUGGAAGCAACUUGGAAGGUGGCUCACAACAAGCCCCAUUUACCCCUCCCAACACUCCGGAUCCACGAAGUCCCCCAAAUCCAGAAAACAUUGCACCAGGAUAUUCUGGACCACUGAAGGAAAUUCCUCCUGAAAAGUUCAACACCACAGCUGUCCCUAAGUACUAUCAGUCGCCCUGGGAACAGGCCAUUAGUGGUGAUCCGGAGCUUUUAGAGGCUUUAUACCCUAAAUUUUUCAAGCCUGAAGGAAAGGUAGAACUGCCUGAUUACAGAAGCUUUAACAGAGUUGCCACCCCAUUUGGAGGUUUUGAAAAAGCAUCAAAAAUGGUUAAAUUCAAGGUUCCAGAUUUUGAGCUACUACUUCUAACAGAUCCCAGGUUUAUGGCUUUUGCCAAUCCUCUUUCUGGUAGACGGUCCUUUAAUAGGACUCCAAAGGGAUGGAUAUCAGAGAAUAUUCCUAUAGUGAUAACAACUGAGCCUACAGAGGAUACCACUGUACCAGAAACAGAAGACCUAUGAAAAAAAGUUGUAUGUGCCACAAAACCUUCUAAAUAUAAAUGUUGCUGUUUCAUUAUUCUACCUAUUGGCAAGAUCACUUACACUCUUCAUUAGUAACAAUAAUUUAAUAGCAAUUUAGCAAUUUUCCUUUGAUUGCAUUUAAAUUAAAUCUCAGAUCAAACACUAAUAAACAAUUUGAAAUCUUGUUUUAAAAACUUUCAACUCACAUGUCUUUAUUCAUAAUUUUG